GUCGUAGCAAUGAAUCUGGAGAACUUUCAAAAUAUUUUCCUGAUGACAUGUUAGCUUCAAACAUCCGACAUCCUAAAGAAGUCACUGUCAGAGUGUACAAGGCUGAGAAUCUACGUGUCGCACCACGUUCCGAUCAUAAACAAAAAAAAGUUAGCCAGAAAUGGAAAUGCGUUGUUCUAGGUGGAAAAAAGAAAAUUAGUACAGAGUGUAUCUAUGCACCGGAUGGUAAUCCCGUUUGGAACUUUGAAACUACACUUAAAAUUGCAACUAGGGGUGAUCCAGUUGUCCUCUUAGUUUCCGAUUCUGAAGAUAAUCAUGUCGGUCAGGUAGUUGUACCCGGAGUUACAAUCCCGCCAAAGCCGACAGAUCCUUCUGUUAGUCUUACGGAUAAUUCCCGACUAUGCAUCAUGGAGAUGGAACAAACUAAAAAGACGGAGAUUGGCUUUGGAAGACUUUAUUUCUGGAUUUGGGUGGAAGAGUACCGUAGCGAGGAAUCUAAAAGCAGGAGCACCAUGGGGUCGAUCUUAAGCUUGUCGAGCUUACAUCUUCAUAAAGACAAAGGUUCAACACCAAACUCAUUAAAUUAUAGUGGAAGUGUUAUAAGUUUAUCGUCAAAUAAUGAUGAGCACAAGAAAAAGAAACGGUGGUAUAAGAAAGUAGCCAAUCAUGCAUUACAUGUGCCUGCUCCAAUUCGACAGUCACGUUCACCUUCGAACUCAGUGUUGAAUACAAAGCCAAUGAAUAAUGGUUACAAUCCAUUUGAUUAUUAUCAACAGAAUUUAAAUGAAGAAGAUGGAGUCAUUGAAGAAAAGGAUGGAAGUGUACUUGGAGCUUAUAGUGAAUUAACAGCUAAUUCAUUGACAUCCUCAUCAGCAUUUGCUACAAAUCAAUUAAAACGCCGAAAUUCAAUGCAUCCAAGUAAAAGAAGUGGAUCAAUUGCUUCAAAUAUUGAUAUUAGUAUGAAAGAUCCAGAUGAACAUUUAAAAAAUAAACCGGAAUUAUUAAGAAUAGCACCAAAAUGUGGUCCAUCUUCAGGUGGUACUGAGUUAACAAUUUAUUGCCGUUUCCUCACGACUGAAAUAAUGAAGCGAUCUACUGUUUUUGUUGGUGACCAUCCAGUUUCUAGAGAUGAUUGGUUUUUGGAUGAGUCAAGUCAAUCUGAUCUAUCGCAGUUACGUAUCCAUAUGCCUUCGUUACAGCCUGGACGUUAUUCUAUUUAUAUUGAUAGUGUGGAAUUUGGACGCAUUCUUUGUAACCAGGAGUUUACCUACCUUCAUUCGGACGUAAAUUUAAUCCAAUCACCUAGAAGUAGCUUAGCUGGUAAGUAUAUUUUGGAUAAAUAUAGUUGAAUAUAACAUAAGGAGGCUAUUUCAUCUUAGUGUAAAACCCUUCAAUGAAUUCAUCAAAACUAAAAGUAUGAACUUAAAGAUGUCGAAGCAGUGGUAAAAAUGUAUCAUCAAUGAGAUGAAAACUAGGAGAUCUGGUUUUAAUCUCAUGUACAAUCGAUGGUACGCACCAUUAAGCAGAAUAAAAUAGCUGUUGAACGUUUCUUAGUUCUUAUUGAUUCUCUGGCUGAAGUCAGUUUGUGAUGUAGGUUAUCUUUAGAUCCUUCCUAGAGGUAACCAAUAACAUAAGUAACUCCUAACGGGACAAACAUAGCAUUAGUUAAUGCCGGUGGAUAAACUACUGUGAACGUGAAUGUGAUUGAUACUUUAAAAAAAAAUUGUAGAGAAGGGAAUAUCAUAGAAUUCGAAAAACUACGAUUGACAUAACACUUUUUCAAAUGAAUUUAUCCAGAACAAUUAAUCUAGAUUUCAAUGAGUUAUGGGACAGAUAUAGAUAUAAUCCUUUGGUUCACUAUGUUGGCCUGGAAAAUGUUCGAUCAAAUAAUAUCACCAGCAGAAUAAAUAAACCCUCUUUAUGAAUUUCUUUAUAUAACUGAUUACAAAUUAAUGCACCACAAUGCAUAUUCGUAUAAUCGACGCUAGGCUUUACAUUUUAUAUAAAGCUGGUGAUAACACUUGACUACCGAAACUUAAAGUAAACAGAACUGUGUUUAAACUUUCAAAUUUAAUGGUCAUAAAUUAAGUGCUUACAGUACAAUAUGAUUAUGGUUAGCUAAAUUUGGAACUAAGAUACUAGUCCGAAUCCCGUUACUCUGACAUUGGUCUAGACACGAAGGUUGAUAUCACCAGUCCUUACAAAAAAAAUGUGACUCAUGGCCGAGGGUAUUGACUUGUACUUGAUAAAUGAGUUGAAAAAAAAUGGUUACAAGACUAGCUUUCACCGAAUAGUCUAUAAAUGGAAGAUUAAUUCGAUUAUGAAAGGUUACAAUUCUUCAUAUAUGCAUCAAUACUGAUAAGUGUACAGCUUUUGAUACUGUCUUUUUUCUAACUAUCAGGAAAUUUUAGUUAAUUUGAUGUUAAUAAUAAAUAAAUAAAAACGUGAUCCGUUCAAAGGUGGAUUAAAUUGAGAUAAAUUUAUUGACUUAAUUGAUUAAUGAACAUUCAAAUUACGGUGUUUAUUUGUUCAUUAUGUAAUAACAUCGAUUAACUAAAUCAGCAUUUUUCCGUUCGUUUUUUAUAGUGUUUCAUAUAAAUAUAAUAUAUUCAGAAUAAGAAUUUGAAAUCUGGUAUAUUCUCCAAUAUUUCAUGUUAGUUAUAGGUAAUUCAUAGGAAAUACUAGUUGUUUGUUUAAAGUUUUAUGUUAUUCAUUGCCAAGAUGUAAUUGUAUUCAUAAAGUAUUCAUGGUCUAGCUUCAAUUGACUCAUGAUUGCAACUAUUAAAAUUAAUAUUAUAUCCACAAAAACCUCUUCUGAUAAUAAUCAACAUAUGCUCACUAGUGACUGGCUUCAUGAGGUAUUUCUUGGAGUUCUAGAGAGAAGCAGUGAUCAGUAAUGUUGAACCGGGUCUGUCGUGAAAUAGUAAUUCACUGAUGAAAAUGGUAGAUGUGUCGCUCAAUUUCGUGGAUUGGUUGACGUCAGAUAUUAACACCAUUGGAUGCCAACCGGCUCAGUGGUCUAGAGGUUAAGCGCUCAUGUGAGAGACUGAUAAAUUCUGGGUUCGAAUCUCGUGAGGCGGGAUCGUGGAUGUGCACUGCUGAGGAGUUCCACAGUAGGACAAAACGAUCAUCCAGUACUUCCAGGUUCUUCAUUAUGGUCUAGGUUUGAUUGACUCAUGAUCUCAACUAUUAAAAUUACUACAAUAUCCACAAAAAACCCUUCUGACAUUAAUACUCGCCAAAGUUGGAUAGAACAAAAAUAUACAUCAUCCUUAAUUGUUCAUUGUUUUUCAAUCGAUAUAGAUGCAUGGGAAAAAAUUAUUCUUUCUUGGUAUUUUUUUCCCACUGUAAUUAUGGGUAUAUAAUUAAUGUUAUCUUGAGUCAUUUAUGUUCUUUGUAAUAAUUGUCACGGUAAAUAUCAUUUUUUCAAAGUAUGGACUUUAGAAAAUAGAAACAAAACAAAUGUUGUUUUCAAUGACUUAUGUAGAUUUUCCUAACAUUAAACGAAUGACAUCAUUGGAAAAGUUAUUAAAAACUAGGAAGUAUUAAACGGUUGUUUUGUAUUAUCAACUUUUCUAAAAAUUCAGAUAUCCUAGAAUAUAUUUUUUCCCAGUAUACAACUCCUUUAAAAUGGGAACCCAAGAUCUCUCUAGGGGUCGAAACCACGAACUUCAGGUCUUCUAUCAAGUCGUUGAUCACUAAGCCAUUGGAUUACUAUUCCCAUGAUACAACUAACAACAAUAUUUAGUGUCGUUUGGUACCUCAGCUGUGGUCUAUCUGUUAGAAAUAUCGUCUACAAAUAUUAUAACUUAUAGUCUGCUUAGGUUUUUCAGAAGUUGCAAAAAUUAUUCUAGCAUAAAUUACAAUAAUGCUUGAACUAUAGUCACUUUCAUAGAAUUUAAAAUGUUUAAAUUGAAUUCACUAUAAAUUUUCAUGUAUCCAUGAUUGAGUUUAACUCACAGGUUAGUGAUUAGAUUAAUAAUAACAUGACAUUAUUAUCCCGUUGCUAUUAUUGAAGGCUAGAUUCGAUCAGUUUGUGUUGGUUAAUAUGCAUACUGAACAGUUACCACUAUCCUGCCUAUAGAUAUGUUUCACAGAAUUUUUGAAUUUUGACUAUCAGUAGAAUCCGAGUUGUGCGUUUUGUCUUACUUGGAACUCGUCAUAUGAGUGCAGCUCCUCAGUUUUGAUGAUCAUAUUAGACGUCAUCCACUAUAAAAUCUAUUCAAAAGGCAUGAGGUGAAUAUGGAGUUAUAAGUUAUCAUAUUAAUCGAACGGUAAACCAGUAGGUAAACAAUAUGACUGGUAGUGAUAAAAAUAAAAGAUGUCUUUUGUUGGAGUUUCGUUUUCUGAGUUGAACACAUUGAUCGUGAACUCUUCUUUAUUCUUCUGAAUAACAUCAUCAGCUUAAACGUCAAGUAGAAGUGAGGAUACCUUGAUUAGGAAAUUUUAACGAGAAUAAGCGAUAAAUUUAAGUUUACAAAAAGAAAAUAACGAAGUAUCAAGUAAGUAAGCAGCCGAUUUUUUGUAGGUUCCAAAAAUCCAAAACAUUACUGGGUUGAGUCAUACGAUAUUUUUCUAUUACAGGAAGCAUCUGUUUUAUUUAGAUUAAUUCAUAAAUAGUUUGAUGGAUGUCUCAGGAAAUUAACACAAAUAAACUACCCAGCUUUUGACUAUUGCAUAUCCAUCGUUCAACACAAUCUAUCGCAAUGUCUAACUUCGGUAGUCAAUUCAUUAAUUACGCUUCGUUUGUUGUAGUCGUUUAGAAAGUCUCGACCAACAAUAAAUACAAGAACUCAUGCAUAACUGACUAUACAUAUUCUCUCUUUCACAUACACAAUAUUUUCAAUGUAAACUUCUCACUUGUAGUUGUAUAUAUGUGUAUCUAUUUACUUGUUUGCUUCCUUAUCACCAAGCACUAUGCAAAUUUAUAUCUUUGUCAGUUGAUUAUCACUAUUCUAUAACUUGUAUAUAGUUUAUAAUAAAGUAGACGUUUUUAUGCAAAAUCAUUUAUGCAUAUUCAAUAAAUAAGAUCUAGUAUUUUCUCACUGCUCAUAAAACCAAAGUGAUUGGUUAAAACAUAUAUAUAUAUAUAUAUAUAUAUAUAUAUAUAUAUAUAUUUGGCGGAAGGAAGGUGUCCAACAUUAUCACCGACUUCAACCAUCUUUUACAAUAAACAAAUAAUUAUCGAUUACCAUUGUUAAUAUGCAUUAAAGAGAUAUUCUAACGAGUUUUUAUGAUUAAAUACAGGAGAUUUUAUUGUGAAAUCAUAUAAAUUUCUAAGGUCAUAUUAUUUCAUCAAUGAAUGAACCAACUAACAAAAUUAUUAAUAUUACUCCAAAAACCAAUACAUCUGUUGAGGAGACUGACGGCAGUGUUAUAUUCAGUCGUGUGGGAUCUCAGAGAAGUAAUAUUAUAUUGGUUGAUCGGCGUAGUGGUCGUCGUGAACGUUCAAGACCUGAAGCAUUAGGCAAAUCAGAUUCAUUGAAUAGUUCUAUUUUAGGCGAUUCAUCUAAAAUGGGAGCGACAAAUCAUGAUAAAGUUGAUAUUAUGCAUAAAUACACCAACAGAACAAUCAAUACUCAUGUCAGUGAUCCAAGUAAAGAGUUAUCAAGCCAAGGUAAACCCUAUAAUAAUGUUGAUGAUGAUGUUACUAAAAAUUUCUAUGAAACUGAUCAUAAGCCUGUUACUGUUGAAAUUUCCACUUAUAUUCUACCUAGUCCAAUACAUUUUAAUCGUGUUGGUUCACAACGUGGUGAAUUGAAGUUACAUGAUCGACGUAACAGUUAUAAUAGUGAUCGUCAUCAUCCUCGGCGUACUUCAGUGAAAACAACUAGUGAAGAAGUGAAAGAAUUAGGCAGUUCAGUUGAUGUUCAAAAGUCUACUUCACUUUCAUCAGUUGUACUAGGUGAUAGGCGUGAUGAAACUGAAGAUUUUGUCAGUAAUCAUGUAGUAUUACUGAACAAGUCAGAAAAUAAGAUGGAAAUAAGUGGGAAAAAUUCACCAGAUUUUCAAGAGGAAAUGUCAUCUUUCAAUCCAAUUUCAGAACUUUCCAUUGAUAAUGAUACAGUUUCUUCCUCCACUUCUGAAAUAUCUUCUAAUGAACAAUUUAAUUCAUGUUUGGAUAAUUCAGUUAUAACGAACUCUAAUGUCCUAUCGAAUGUUUCUUUAUCUCGAAUACCGGAAGAGUCAGAAAAUAACACGAAACUCAAUGAUUCAUGUGAAGCAACUGAUUUUCAAGUUGCUUAUAAUAAAGACGCUAUCCAGUUUGAAAAAUCGAUUGAAGAAAACCCCUAUCAAAAUUCGAUGGAUAUUGGACCUUCCACUGCAAAACAGAAUUUUCUGCCUACCGGUGAGUCAGAAUUAGUCAGUUCAUUAGGAACUCCACCGAAAAUUAAACAAUCAUAUAAACGAAGUAGUCAAUCUAAUUUACCGAAUCGAACAAUCAACAGUGCUAAAUUCAAUCAAAAUGUUAAUCUUAUACUAACACGUAGAGUUUCAUUAUCUAAUUCACAAAUUCCAUUUAAUGAAGAUACAGAUGCAGCGGAUUGUGUAUCCACAUUGUCCGGUGAAACUUCUCAAACAAUGGAAUAUAAUGAAUUUAAUAAAACUCAUCACGGUUCUGAUCGAAGUGCUGCUUCUGGACGAUCUAAAAGUAUCAUGGGUGCUAGUGAAGAAGAAGGUCUAAAACUUGAAAAUGAAGCGUUACGUUCAUUAUUGAACGAUGCUAAUCAUCUCAUUAGUACUAUCAAAUCGCAUACAAUAACAUUGGAAACGGAAUUAAAUGCAAAAGUCAACGAUGUUGAUCGUUUAGCCGAAGAAUUAUGUCGUUUGAAAAAUCGUCUUCUUUUAGAUGGAUUAACUCAAUAUUUGGAAAAAGUAUAGUAGUAAAAACCAUCAUCAAACAUACACAUCAAGGAAUUAAUUAUUUUUUUUCUAAAAACAAAAAUACAGAUAAACGAGUAUUGGACAGUCAAAUUAAAUAUUCAAGUCAGCUUGAUCAUUAUUAUUAUGAUGAUGAUCAGGAGGAGGAGGAUUACGAAUAUUAAAUCUUUCAACUGUUGUUAAUUGAUUAUUUCUGUAUUAAGGCUUAUUCUCUUAUGUGUCUGUCUAGACUCUAUUAGUUAUUUUUUUUUGUUUUUGUGUUUAUUCUCAACUUUCGUAUUGUCUAUUUGUUGACAUGAUAUUGUUUGUUCUUUGUCUGUCUAACUCUUCCUCGGAAUCCCACCACCACCAACCUGUUUUUGUCCCAUUACUAUUAUUAUUAUUAUUGUCUGUGUAAAGGCAUUUAAUUUUUAUUACUACUAUUAUCACCAUUACAUGGUAUCUAUUCACUUUAUUUGGUUUGAUUCCAAUUGUUUUUGUGUAAGUGUAUGUAUGCUUCGAGGUAGAUAUAGAACCAGAUAGAAUUAACGCCCUUUUAUAGACUGUUUUCCUAAAAAUUAUCAAAAUAUAUUGAUCUCCUUUUAUUCUUUAUUAUUGAUAUGAGCUCGUCUGAUUAAAAUCAAAGUGUUAGCACAAUUUUAGAACUAGUUUAAAUGGCUGGCAUAGAUACACCAAUUUUCUUUUCUUCUGAUGCGUACUAUAUGUAACAGUUGUCAGUUUUUAUAUACCUAUAUGAUGCCUAUCAUAUAUCUAUCGCCAUUUUUUUUUAAAAAAAACAAAGACAAGCAAUAAUCUACAGAUCAGAUCUUCCAAUAUUACUUUCAUUGUUUAUCAGUUUUUGUUUACUUUUCAAAUCAGAAAAGAAGAAUCAACUCAUUUCAGAAGCCGACAUUUUUUUAAAAAAGAAAUAGAGAUGCCUAUAUCAGAAUAUUAGUUAAUUGACUUAUGAACUUUCUUUUUCAAUAUUACUCUAUAUUAGGCGACAACUAUGCAAGACAUCAUAGAAACAGUAUCGUUUAUUAUUUUUUUCUUCUCUAUUCUAAACAAACACUUAUGAACUUUUACACAGAUUUUGAUGUAUACACAUUCAGUUGUCAUAUAUUUGCUCAGUGUAAGUUUGAAAGACACUAAUUGAUCAUUUUUUUCCCAUUUUUUUUAAUUGUUUUUUUUUCUAUUUCGAGUUAAUCAUUUGAAUGAAAAUAAUAAUACAACUGAUAACCACUUGCUGCAUUGUUCUGUUUUGUAUAACCAUAAUAGUUGACAUUCCAAUCAACCAAUCUAUCUAUCUUGAUGGAGUCUUGUUUCCUGAGCUGACCAAACCAUCCAGCUCAGAGAACAAAACUCCAUCAAAAUCAUCCAUCUGAGCUACAAAUCUUCUGUACCAUCUCAAUCUAUCUAUCUAUCUAUCUACUCAGUAAACUUGAUUAGGUGAAUAAUUUGUUUACUCACUAAAACUUACACUUUUCUUCGACUUACCAUGUGAUCUACCGAUGAUAUGUGGCUUUUGCCUGACGUAUCGUUUAACUUAUUGAGAUUGAUGUUUAUACAAGUUAAUGAUACUAUUGAAACAUUUUUGGCUUCAAAUUUUUGGACUCAAUAAACACAGACAAG